UUUAUAUUACUUCAUGUAGAAUGUAGACAUAAGAUUAAUAAUUACACAUGUAUUAUAAACAUCAUACCAGUAUAAAUGGUAUAUAAAUGCAGUGUUAUUUUAUGUAUACUAACGAGAGGUGAAUAAGAGACGAAGUGCGUAAACUACAAUAUUUCAUUACCGCUAUCGUUAAAUAAAAUUCUAAACAUGAAUUUGUUUAGUAACUUUAUUACAAUAUUAACGUCUAUGACGACGUUGGCUUUCGUUAUAUUUUUAGCCUCUGGUCGGCGUCAAUCAGGUAAUCCUAUUGUAAUAAUAACAUUUAUUAGAUUGUAUUUUUAUCAUUCAGUUCGAUGUUAUUUAAAUUAAAUAUCAGUAUGUAUAAUAUUAUAUAUCUGCUUUAAGAAAGUAAAAAUAGCUAUUAAAUUAAAUUACAUCAACAGUUUUUAUAAAACCAUAAACAAUAGUAAAUAAUAUAUUGUAUUAAAUUACAAAGAAUAUUAUGUUUGAUAUUUAAGAACUAAUAGAUAAUACAUUACCGUUGUUAUUAUAUUCAACUAUAACACCAUUUUCAUUCAUGAUAAAAUUUUUCAUAUUUAAUACAAAAAUAAUACAUUUUCUUAAUAAAUUCACGAUGAUUUAAAUAAGGAAAGAAUAUUGAUGGAUGCUGUUGUUUUUGUUAAAAUGUAUACAUUUAAAAAAUAAUAAUUUAAUUUAUUUUUAAUUUUUGUUUUUGUUUUUUUGUCAAAAAAAGUUAGGAAGGUAUCUACCAUUAUAAUUUCUAUGUAACAGUGGUGAUAAAGUUCCGGAUGGGUGAUUAAGGGUUGAUGGGUCUAUGAACUAGUUUUGGGCGGUAUUUUCGGAAAAGUGCUUUGUAUGGUCUGGUCUAAAAGUAAUAACUGAACAGUUUAAUCUUCUUCGACUAAGUUAACUGUCAACAUCUUAACUCAUCGCAUAAAGAUAUUAUAAAAUAAUCCUUUUGUAAAUAUUAAGAAAGAUAGCAGAGGUUGAAAGCUAACUCCUAGGAUAGCUCAAAGAAUUUUUGCUUAAUGCUAACAUCAUCGGUUGUAUCUAUUUUGGACUAUGAAUUCUUGUCAAAUUAUUUUUAAUUAUAUUUCCCUCUUUGUCAAAUAAAGAUUCAAUAUAGUGAUAGAAUUAAUUACCAAAAAAAGGAAACAACUAGACGUCGUGAAAAGAGACUUCAGUUAUAAUAUAAAAACCAAAUUUGACAUAAAAAAUCUGUCUCAAAACCACCAAAUAAAAUUAUUCCACUGAUAGAUACGCUUUAUUCAUAAAUUGAAAUUAAAUUUUAGAUUCUGAGUGAAACGAAAAAACUUAUGGUUUUACAAUUAUGUUUAUUUUUUUUUCCCGUGAACAACUUUUCUGCCAGGAAUUUUCAUCCGAUUUACAAUAAUAGAACAUUUUCUGAAAGGAAAUUUGACUGGGGAGGUACGUUAAAAAGAUUAUAUUUUAAUUUUCCCAGGAGUUUUCCCAAUAAAUGGGAAAAACCGGGGAAAACCAGGAGAACGGGAAAAUAGGUACAUUAUUAAACAAAUGCUACUAAAGAAAAUGUUUAAUGUAUAUUAUGUAAUUAUUUUACCAUAAUAUGACUACAUAUAAAAUAUUGUUGACAGAGCAACAUUAUCAACUGAACUCUGCUUAGAAUCGUUUUUCGUUUGCAAUGGUUAAUCGUUUCUUACAGAUAUAUAUUAAUUUUCGUCUAUAUCCAAACUUCCCAACUUUCACUUACAACAACGACCUAUUCAUUAUGCGAAGUUGCCCGGCUUUUGUUUUUGGUAUUUUUUCAAUUUUUAAUUUUUUCUAAUAAAGAACACCUAAUGUAUAAUGUUUUUGUUGGCUAUUUUUUUUAAUUUUACAAUUCAGCUGCACUCUCCUUGACGAGAAAACUCUUGAGAAUAUUAAAAAAUGACGUCUUUAAAGUACCUCCCUACGUAGAUUUCCUCACAGAAAAGGUUCUACACGUAGAAAUCUCAGCAAAUCUUUUGGUAGAAAAGUUGCGCACGGUUAAAAAAAAAUAAAAAUAAAAAUAAUUAUCUUUGUAAAACCAUAAGUUUCUUCACUCCACUCAGAAUCUAAAAUUUCGAUAGUUAUUUUUGUGAAAAUGUAUAAAAUAUUAUCAUUGAAUAAACAUAAUAUAGUCAAUGGUAUUAAAAUAUAAUGUGUUUCAAAUGUUUAUGAUUAACAAACUUUUUACUUUGGAAGUUGCAUAAGACGUUUUUUCAAUUAUUCAAGAUGAAAACUUUUUCUUGAACCAUCUUUCCCACUAUACCGGGUACUGGAAUCAAUUUUAAAAAAAUACCUUCAAAUAUUUUUAUGGCAUCUGACAGUGACAUAUAUUUUACCUCAAGACUAAUGAUAACUUAUCAGGUAUUUCUUUUAGUUUUAUUGGAAAAUCUUAAUACUUUUUUCUUAGGUGGUUAAAAGUUUGCAGUGUAUUGUUCAAUUUUAAAACGGUUUAAACUUUCUUCUUAUUUUUAAUGUGGUGGUGAUUGUCUAAAUCGAUUGAUAGAAUGCACUUAGCAUAGAAUUAAAAUAAUAAUACCAAUCUUUCACCAAAUUAUUUGUUCAUUAAAUAUCAUCAUCUUACAUUGAAUAACAAUUCCAAAUUUCAAUUGAAAAUAAAAGGGCUCCACUAGUUUUAUGAUUAGGUCUACCGAUCCAUGUAUCUUCAAAAUUAUCAAUUAAAUUCUAUAUCAUUUCAUAAUUAUGGUGGUAAAAUUAAAAUUCGAGUAAAAUUUAAAAGGCCGAUACUUCAUCAUUUAAAUAAUAAACAUUACGACGGUAAUGACACGCGAGAUAAUUGAUGUGUGAUAAUGUGGCCACGACGCUAUUUCCGCGACAAUAUUGCCGCGAUAAUUUGAUGGAAUUCUUUUUAUAUUCAUUCUUUAUUCUAUUUUUUCUAUUUAUGUUCCAACACACCGAAACAUAUAACAUAGUCAGUCUUAUAACACUAUUUUAGAACUUAACUUAAGUCAUAUUGGAAUUUUCUUGUGAUAUAAAACACCUGACACUUCUCUCCACUUUAUCCAACAACACGUAAUCUUUGUUUCACUUCCUUUUGAAAGCCUCCGUUCUUAUAGUAUGUUAAGUAUAUAUUUUAAUUAUUAAACCACAUUAAUAUAAUAUAGGUGAUUCGCAAAGACACGUUGUUAAGCUAAACGUAGAAUCCGUUAGUCCCACGGCAUUUUAUAUUGAAUGGACUCUGCAGUUACCCGAUGUCAAUACAAAUAUAUAUUAUUAUAUUGUGUAUUCUAGUCGAUUCACUAGCAAAGUAAAGUUCACCAUAGGAAAUAACUUGACUUUGACCGACUUAACUGAAUGCACAGCGUAUACGAUCACGGUAAUGAGUUCUUUAAAUGAAAUUAAUAACGGAAAUAAUAACAGUAAUGCAUUCUGUAGUCCAUACGCUUCUGCAAAUGUAACAACAUCACACAAUUCACGUAAGUAAAAAACGAAAUCAAUAAAAGCACUAUUUGCAUAACUCGUAUUAUGUAUAAAGGUUUUUUUUACAAAAAUUACAUUUCCUACCCUCAUCUAAUCCUAUAAUUCUUUGAUUUGGCCAAUUCCUCUAAAAUAAGUAUUAAUUAUAAAUUAUAGUGUUUGAACUAGUUACUAUAUUAUAUACAUAGAUCGAUCGAUCAAAAUUCUUAGAUUUAAACAUACUAUUUGAAUUGUCUUUUAGAUUCUGAGUGAAGCAAGGAAUGUAUUGGUUAACAAUGAUAUUUAUUAUUUUAGGUUCGGAGUGUAGCGAGGUUUUACUAUAAUGUGUGUUUUAUCUGCCUGUGAACAAAUUUUCAAACAGAAAACUUCCUCCGAAGUAUGGAUUAUAGCAUCUUAACAAAAAAUUGACUUUGAUCUUUAUAAUAUUUUAUUUACGGCAACGCCAUGGUUUAAUUAUUUUAAUAUUUUUAACUUAUGUUUUCUAUCAAAAAUAAUAUUACUUCAAUCGAAAAAUAAAAAAGAGAUCGAAUUUUUUUUCUUUUAAUUCAUAGCGACUGACAAAGAAAGUAGUUUUUUUUAUAUCUAUGUAUUUUUCAUAAUAUUUGGAAAAAUCAAAAAGAAGAUACAUACGAGUUUUUCAAUUCGCGACACAAUAAUUUCAUUAUUUUAAAUUCUUACGACUUAUGAUUUCUACCAGAAAUAUUGCUCCAAUAGAUAAAUAAAAAAAUACCUUUUUUGUUGCAUUUCUGGUCAAUGUCUGGUCCAUGAGUAAGUCGUUCGGUUUUUAAAUUUCUCUGUAGUUUUACUAAUAAUUAAAAAAACUAGAAAAAAAACGUAAAAUUAAAAAUUAAAAAAUGUAUGUCAUUACUAUUUCAUUAUUUUAAAUAAUUACGGCUUACGUGUUUUACCAUAAAUAUAGCUCCAAUAAAAAAACAUCGAGAUUUUGUUCUUUCGUUGUAAUUAAGGUUAAAAUAUUAGUAGAAAUUGAAAUUUUCAAAAUAUUUGAUUCAUUUUUGAGCUAAUUACAAACAUUAUAAUUUUGUGAGGUUUUUACGUGAUUUGUAUUCGGUACCUAGGUACUCUGUGGAUAAAAUUGUUAAACUUAACAGAAAUACUAAAAAAUAUGAUUGGCUGAUUGAUGGUUUGUUAUAAGAUGUACUUGGUGGCCAAAACAAAAAAAAUUAGUUAAAUGUAGUAUUUUUUUUAAUAUAUAUAUAUAUAUAUAUACCGAGUGACCCAUUUAAAUGGGUACACUCAUUAUCUCGGAAAGUAUUAACUUUUUCCGAAAUUUAUUUUCUAAAAUAUUAAAUUUAUGUCAAAUAUGCAUUUAAUACAAUCAUACAAGAAGAGCUUAACAAUAAUAAAAGUGUUUAUAAUUUUAUUUAGGAUUGAAAACGGUUGAGAACUUGACCACACAAAUUUUGGGUGACUUCGUGUUAAUUGCAUGGGAAAGUCCGGCGGAACAGACUUUGUGCACAGCAAGUUAUAAUGUAUCAUCUUUUUCUACACGAAGUUCUACCGGCAAAGAAGUACAAAUAACCGAAUCUAAUCAUCAUAUGACAAUGGCUUUAGAACCGUGCGUAACAUAUUACAUUGAUGUUUGGGCAAUUGAUUUUUUCGGUCGAAAAGGAAACACUAUUCGGUUUAAUAUCGUGGGAGACGAUAGAAGUAUGUAUAUUUUAUACUUGUAUGAUUAAUGAAUUUUGUAUACAAUUAAGUCCAUUAUAUAUUUAAUCAAAAAAAAUGACCUCUCUAAUGUAAUAACUAGAUAUAAUUUUCUAAUAGAAAAGAUGUUACACUUGAUAUAUCGGAGCAAGUAAAUAGACACUAAAGAUUGAAUUUCUGAAUAUAAAAACUACAGAUUCGUAUUAAUAAUUGGAAUUGCAAUUUACUUACAUAUUUUUACACAGUUAUAAGGUUUUUUUAAAAUUUUCUUCCAGUUUUGGAUAAACCUGCAAAUGGGCGAGUAUUAUUCUCCACUAAUCAUACGGCCACUUUACAAUGGGAUCCUCCCGUAAAUCGUAAUCUUGUAUGCGAUUUUAUUCAUCGAAUUGUUAACUGUUCGUAUUCGAAUACAUCACUGGAAGUGACGACAUAUGAACCAAAUCAACCAGUAGUCAUGGACAAUUUACAAGUUUCUACAAAAUAUACAUGUCAUUCAGCAUUUUUCAAUAAGAAAGGUUACUCGGCAAAAAGCGAUGACAUAAUAUUUUGGACGAAAUUAGGAGGUAUUUACAUUAAUUAUUCUUAAACAAAUCCUUAACACUACAAAAAAAUUCACUCAAUAUUUUUACUAACCUUAUUUAACCUAGGUUUUAUUCUUAUAUAAAGUGUUUUUAUUUUUAUAUUAUUUAAAAUUAACUAAGUUUUAACAUUUUCUAAUACUUCUUGGUCGGCCGUAAUAUAUGUUUAUUACGAAUUUUUGUAAUAAAAUCUAUUACUUUAUUAUUUACUAAAUUAACAAUAUUUUCAGUCAUUGCAUUGAUGAUUGCCAUCAGUGGCGUAGUCGUAAACAAUUUUCGGGGGACUCUUUAAUUUUACAUUUUUUCUAUUCACUAAAAUAAAGUCAAUUGUCCAAAAAAUAUUAACACUUAACACUUAAGAAGUAGUAAUCAGAAACAUUUCAAGGGCUAAACCGCUGAUAUUGACACUGAUAAGGCAUCAUGGAUACCCUUAUAUUAUUAAGUCACAUAAUAAUGUAAAAUCACGUGAUGAUCAUGAAAAUUAUAUUUAAUAAUAUCAAUGGAUUUUUAACUGGCUUUGACGCUUUGUUAAAUAUUAUUACGACAUAAUAUAAUUAGAAUUCCCUUGCCUCUCGCGAGUUCUCUACGAAGUUGCAUCAUAAAUAUUAUGUAUUCAUAAAUCAUAAUAUUUUGUAAUUGUGAUAUUAAAAUACGAUAAUAAUGUAUUAACUUGUGUCUUGACCUUGAGAAAAGUCAGUAGUCACGUCCGUGCUUGUGCGGUAAACGUACAGUGGUCAGCGAUUUCAAUAAUAUUGCAGCAAAAUUGUUUGGUGAUGCAUUUCGUGAAUAAUUUGUUAUUAUUUUUACGUUGAAUGAAUGCAUGACCUGCGCAAAGGAAGAUAAAUAGGGUACAGACUUGUUUGUUUGGUUUUUUUUUUAUACAAUAUUACAAAGCAAUCCUAAUUUUGUAAUUUCUUUGCAGAAAUACAUUGUAUACAUUUCCAAAUUGGCCCCAAUAAAAUAAUAUUAAACAUAAUUUUAUUGAAUUUUUGAUGAUUUUAUUUUAAUUAAUUUUAUUGAAAUUAAAAACAGAUAUUGUAUUUUGAACUUUAUACAGUUCUAACAACGAUUGUAAUUGCUGUAGGGUAUCCAUGAAAAAAAUGUGCAAUGAAUAAUAGAUACCUACUUAUCAUAACACUAAAAAAUAAGGGGUUCGGGAAAAAAUUAAUAUAUUUAUUUUAAAAUAUAUUAUAAUAUAAAAAGUAAUAUUAUUGGUUAUUACUACAUAAUAUUUAAUAAUACCAUAUAAUAGAUUCCUACACUAUAUUUUAAUAUAAUCGACUAUAUUAUAUAUUCAAUGAUAAUAUUCGAAAUGUUUUCACAAAAAUAAUUAUCGGACCGUGUUAUUGAAAUCUGCAGUCUAUAAUCGAAAGUAACAAAAAUGACGACUAAUAUAGUGUAAGUAAAAAAUAUAUAAAAAUCAACUUAAAAUAAACAUAUGGCUGUAGCAUAAUUUGGAAAAAAUAAAUUAUCUAAAGUAUAUUUUUGUCUCAAAAUAAAAACAGUUAGAAAAAGGAAAUUUGGAUUUAUACGAGUAUGAUUUAUAAUUUAUAAUUAUUUAUUUUUAAAAAUCAAUAGGUAUUCAUUAUAUUAUUAUUGGUAUAUACUAUAUUAUAUAAGUCAUAAGAAAUAAUGGUACAUUACAUACAUAAACACAAUAAUAAAAUGUUUGUAUUAAAUUUUUAAAAAAAAUACGCCUUAGGAUAAUGGGGACGGGUGCAGCCAUUGUUAUAGGUAUUUUAAUGUAUAUCUGUAAGCAACAAUAAACCAUUGCUAACGAAGAAACGAUUCUGAGCAGAGUUCAAUUGAUAGUGAUGUUUUGUCAAUAAUAUAUAUGCCAUACUUUAAUAAAAUAAUUAAAUAGGCUCUAUACAUUUUCUUUAAUAAUAUUUGUUUAAUGCUGUACUGUAUUCUCCGAUUUUCUUACAUUUUUCUUAGUUGUUCACAUUUGUUGAAAAAAUUCAGGAGUAAAUCGAUAAACGCCCUCUCUAAAUUACCUCCCCAGGAAAAUUUCUUGGUAGAAAAAUUACUAUCAUUAAAAGUGCUAGUAGAAAUAGAAAACAUUUUUUUUUAAAAUAUAUUUUCUCGGAAAAAUCUUUUAUUUUUAAAAAUCAAUUUUUCUGGGACUUUUACUUUCAUCAAAACUUCUAAUUUUUAAAUCGGCGUUUUCCUCAGUUUUUUUUCUUAGUAAAUAUAAGAGUUAAAACCGAUUAUAAAAAUAAUAUAUAACAAGAAAUUUGGAAAAGUGCCGGUAGUGUUAUCUGAUUACGUUCCUGAGUAGUUAAACAAAGAUCAUACUUUUUCCUGUGGGUCAAAAUGUACAAUAUAUUAUCCAAUAUUUAUACAAUAAGAUAGGUACUAAUUAAAAUGUGAAUAAUUGAAUUUCUGGAAAUAGUAAAUGAUCAUAUUUCCACUACAAAUUUUUAAUUGUAAAAGUAUAAUAAUAUUAUACAUCUAUACAUACGCACGGUAGAAUAUUUACGAGUUCACAUAAAAUACUGCAUAGAAGAAAAAAAUUAAUUGAACAAGUACAAUGAUCUAAUAAGUUAAAUUGAAAUAUUAUUUUUAUCGAAUUUAAUUGAAGUGUACAAAUUAUAUUUAUUUAUAAAUUAAACGAUGGCUUAUUAUCGAUAUGAAUAUCGAAAUAUACUUACGCGUACCAAUUUGCAGAUAAAGGUUUUUUUUUAUUAAUAAAGGAUAUUAUACUCAGAUUUUUUUUAUUAUUUUAUUUUAUUUUAAUAAUAAUUAACGGGUGGUAUUCUUUGAAUACAAUUAGAUAAUACUAAAGAGUCUAUAUAAUAUAAUAUAAUCUUAUAUAGGCUCUCUAGAUAAUACAUUUUAACUUUAGUAAAGAGUAGGAAAAAUACAUAGUUAUACAAAUAGUAAAAAUAAUGCUAAAAAAGAAAAAGAAAAAUAUAUAAAUAAAUAAUUUAUAAGUAAAAAUUAAUAAUUGAAUAAAUGAAUGCGUUGCCUGGAGUAUUAUAUGUUUAUUGUACGGCCGGUUUCUAAUUAAAAAUUCAACAUCAGGUAAAUUACAAAGUCAAAAAGUAAAACAUGACUGAAUAUGAAAAAAUAAAUGAAGGGACACUUAGAGAAAAUUUUUUACAAAUUGAUUGUUUUACAUAAAAAUAAUUCAUUUUAAUAGGAGAGAUUAUUUAGAAUGAGUUAUUAUUAAACAUAGAUAUGUUAAGAAAUGUAAAUUAUUUGGUUAUUAUUUAUUAUCUAAAAUGUAUUGACAAAAGAUAUUAUUUUUAAAAUCAGUUUGUACAUUUAAAAUAUUAUUAAAAUAAUUUUUCUUUAUUUCAUUGAGUAUUUGUAAUUCUUUUAAAACUGAAUUAAUGUAAAUGUUAUUUUGGGUAUUUAAUAUUUCUAAGCCUGCAUUAAUAUCAAAACUUAUAUUAUAGUUAUUUUCUAAGACAUGUUUACCGAAAUUUGAAUUAGGAGCAGAAAAAUCCUCCUUUUGCUGGUAUACAUAAACUUAAAUGUAACUGUAGCUAACAUAGGUAAGACAAAUAGACAUUUUUAAAAAAAAGAUUGUGUGUAACGAGUACGCGCGGGUGAAGAGAAACUUUUUUCAGGGGUAUUCAACUGAUGGAAUGAAUAUUUGAUUUGUAUUUGAAUAAAAUAAAAUCCAAUUGAAAUUAAUUUAUUAUUGUUAUUAUUCAUUUUCUUAUUCUAUUGUCACGAAAGAUAUAAUGGGUUUAUGAUAAUUGAAAUAGCCGUGACACUUUUAUUUACAUUGUGUGCGUGUAAGUGGUGGGAAAAAUCCGGAUUUCGGAUAGUUCGAAAAUCCGAAUAAUAAUCCAAUACUAACUAUAUUAUCAUUAGCAACGAUAUCGACCAGCACUAAAUGUAUUUUUAUUUUUGUUUUCUCGGUCAAAAUAAUGCUUAAUUUGAUUUUAAAGAAAUAGGUACGUACAAAGUUUUGUGCUACUACUAGUGAGCCUUUGACAUAAGAAUAUAAGAACUAUAUAUAUAUAUAAUAUUAUAUAAUAAAUACUACAGAAUUUAACAGAGUAUUGAAUAUUACAAAAUAUUGAAACUUGUGUCUUAUUAUAGUAUUGGAUAUUUUAUUUAUACUGCUACACACUUUGUUUACUACGGAAUAUCAAAGGACAUUUUUAAUAUUUGUUAAUGUUUUGUAACAUGUGAUCCAUUUAGGUGGGUACACUCGGAAAGUAUUAACAUUUUUCGGAAUUUGUUUUCUAGAACAUUUAAGACACAACCAGCUCUACAAUUUUAUAUUUAUGUUAUUUUUUUCACCCUUAUUUUUGGGGGAAGAAUCACUACCUACUUUUGAUUUUCAAAUGACAACUUAUAUUAAAAAUUUUAAACAUAGAUGGAAUUUUUAAAAGUAGGGAGUGGUUUUUCUCCCAAAAAUAAGGGUGAAAAAAAAUAACAUAAAUAUAAAAUUGUAGAGCUGUUUGUUUCUUAAAUGUUCUAGAAAACAAAUUCCAAAAAAAGUUAAUACUUUCCGAAAUAAUGAGUGUACCUAUUUAAAUGGAUCACUCGGUAUGUAUCAAACUAAUACAUCCAUAAUGUGUACUACGGAUUAUGAAAAAAAAAACCACUGACAAAAUUAUUUAUAUAGAAUAUAGAUCAUAUCAUAUAUGAUACAAUAUAUUCAAAUGUUGUUGACAAUUCAUAUGGAUAAGAUGUUACAAAAUCAGUUUUACCAUUAAAAACAAAUUAUUGUUUAAUUAUUAUACAAACUUAAAGUGCCUAUAUAAUUUUAUUUUAUUUAAUAAAUUGAUUAUUUGUUGUGUAGAUAUUAUUAUAUUAGUAUAUUAAAAAAAAAAUCGGUUUAACCGGUUAAUCGAAAACUAAUUAUACGUUUUUACAAUAUAAUAUCAUGAUAAAUGCAUUCUAUUGUAUACUGUAAUUAUUACUAAACUACUCUUUUAUUUUUAGCUAUUUUUUUUUAUCGAUAUUAUACUAUUAUUAUCAUUAUAGAUCGAUUAGAUCGCGUUUUUAGAAUAACAAUUAAAUGGACACGUGAACAUCACAGUGCAAUUUGUAUUCACCUACCUACAUUAUUAAAUCACUAUGUCAGAUAUAAUGUUUUAGCACUACUCCCAUACUUCUAACCGUUGAGGUCUACCUUUUUGGGUUUGAUCUUUUCACCCUGUGUGACUUCUGAUCUAUGAUCAUUAAGUCAAAUUUGAAAAAAAAAUCAGAUACCACAAAUAAUAAUUAUGUGCAUCGUGUUUUAAGUUAGCAGUUUAUUUACUGUUGUAAAAUCGAAAACCGUGAUAAAUCAUCGUGUAAUGCAUUUAAAAUCCUAUUCUGGAUGUAAAUAGUAAAAAUUAAAUACUUUGUUAAUUGUUCUCGAAUAAUGCUAAAUCAAAAUUUAACAACUGUCUACCAAAAAAAAUAAAUAAAUAAAUAGUCGAAUUAUAAAUUAUUAAACUAGACUAGAUCCAAAAAAAAAAAGACGGACACACUUCGCACGAUGGGUGGGUCACUGUUGUAGGGAGUUUAAUGUAUACCUAUACGCAACGAUUAAUCUUUGCUGAGGAAAAACGAUUCUUAGUAGAGUUCAGUUAUACAUGUUUUUAAAGGCCGUACCAUUUAUGAUUUGAAAAUAAUACAUUUCGUAAAUUUUCCCGUUUUUCUUGGUUUUCUCCAUUUAUUAUGAAAACCCCUGGAAAAAUCAAACAAUAGCUUCCCUAAAGUACGACCCUAGUCACAUAUCCUUUCAGAAAAAGUGCUGUAAUUAAAAAUCGGAGCAAAAUUGCUGGUAGAAAAGUUAUCCUAUGUCCAUAGAAAAAAAAAUAAACAUCAAUAUUACAAUAUUGGCCGAUUAUGCAAUUAUCAAAUAUAAUGCAUCUCGAAUAUUCGUGUCAUCGUCACCGAGGUACUCUUAUCGCGGUCCACUAGUCAAAUUUUCCUUUCCCACGUGCCUUUGCGACCAUUGUGACGACGUCGUCGCGUAUGUUUUUUUUGGCGUUGUAAAGCGGUCAAACGGAAAGUGUCGCGCUGCAAUCAUUUUCGUCGUCAUCAGCCUCAUAAGUUUUGUCUGUCUUGAGUGACUGUCAUAACGAAUUUUCUCUAUUCGUGUCAAUUUUUUUUACGUGUGCGACCACAACAUGCUUACCCACGAAUUUUUCGUUGUUCGCGUCUACCCACUGAUUUUAGAUAACACGUUGGUGUCCAGUUGUUCCGAUUAACCAUCAGAACAGCCGCUAUAUCAUUGCCAACACCACCCGUCAUCAUCAACAACACGCUGUAUGAACUAAUUUAUUUUUAUAUAUAUAUUUUUUAUAAAUAUUUAUUUGUGUUGUUGGUUUGGUAACAUAUCGACCAUUUGUUGGUCCACUUCUUCUAAUAUUAUUAUUCUCUUUUGCUUUAUCGCAAUUUAUAUUUAACAUUUAAUAUUUAAUUGCUUACGUAUAGAAUACAUAUUUAUUCUGCAUACCCGUUAUAAUAGGUGUAAAUUUUUUCAUCCUUUCCGAGCAGGUAAUUUUUUCCUUUCUUCACGAGCAGUCUAUUGCUAACCACCACCAUUAUAGAAGCCGUCAUCUUGAAACAAUUAUUAUAAAACCACUACAUUCCUCGCUCCGCUCAGAAUCUAAAAUUACAGUGAAAUAUUUGUUACAUAUAAACUUUUAACGUCCUAUAAAAAUAUAAUAAUACACAUCGUUAAGUUUAGAGUUGCAAGUUUCAGCGUAUUUUAACAGAAAGCUGAUUUUUAUCCGGCAAACGUAUACUAGUUAUACUCUUUUUAUUGUUACUAUAUUUGUUUUUGAAUUUACCUUCAACUAAAAUAUUAUUUGGUAAUAUAACAGUUCCAGAUACUCCGAAAAAUGUGUCAACCAUCAAAGUAAAUUCCAAUAGUAUUAUACUUACAUGGACUGCACCUACUACAAUUUCACCAGCUAACAUCAACAGUUAUCGUUUAACAGUUGAAUUUAAAAAUGUUUUACACGAAAUACCGGAUUACUGCUUAUCUUUAACAGAAGAGAUGGUUACAUACUAUAUUCAAAAUGAUAUGACUAAUCAAUAUGAAAUUAAAAAUCUACGACCCGACAGCCAGUAUUACAUAGAGUUAAGUGCUGCUACAGAAUCUGGUUUUGGAAAUUCAACAAAUAUUACAAUUAAUACGUUGUCCUCAAGUAAUUAUUAUACAUAUAGAAUUUGAAUUUUAAAUUAUAUUUUCUAAACAAUUAGUACCUAGGUCCAUAACGAUGAAAUAUCAUGUUAAAUUGUUGAGUCAUUGAAGUUAUACAUUUACUGUUACAAUAUAUAUUGUCUUCGAUAUUAUUUGUACUUGCAGUUAGUUCAUCAGUCGAGAACUUAAAAGUUACGCCAAUAAAAUCGAAUUUAAACAUUCUUAGUUGGAAAUAUCCAUGUAUACCAAAUGGAAAAAUUAAAUAUUUUUAUAUUGCAUUCGUGGGAGAAAGAGUCGGAUAUCAUAAUCAUAUUUUUAAUACAAAAUUCAAUAUUUCGGUAAAAUACAGACACAAUAAUGUGAUUUUUUUUUUUAAAAUUUUAAGUAUUAAGUAUAAGUAUUUAGUAGUAGUAGUUUAAUAGUAGUAUAUUUUUCUACAUUAAUUAUAAUAGCAUGUUUUUAGUACAAAAAUAUUUCACUACGUAUAUAGGGAAACGAAAAGGAUUUUGAACUCAGAUUAACGAACUUACUGCCUGAGUAUACAUAUCUAUGCACAAUAAAACCAAUAUCAUAUGCAGUGGAAACUUCUGGCCAAGAACAACUCAUACGAUUUAGUACUCAAUCGACAAGUAAACUAUACGAUAUUAUGUAUAAUUUGAAUCAUUUUAAAUACCUAAAAUCUAUCAUGAAUAGUGCACGAUGUCUACUAUUUGUAUUGAUUUUCUUAAAAAAAUUAAUCAAAUGUUGUUAAACUAAAUCUAUAUCUGUACUAAUAAAUUAUGCGAAUCAAAUUUUUAACCACUAAAAAUAAUACGAUUUUUAAAGGUCCGGGUUUGCCACUCAAAUACGACACGUUCCGUCGUUUACGAGUAACUGUGUCUGAAAGCUAUCUGACUCAAGUACGUUUGUCCAUACCCGGUGACUUGUUUUCAAAUGCUAAUGGAAAUAUUCAGUAUUAUUCAAUAAUCGUUUACCAAGAUGGCGGAUUUCCGGAUAAACCUGAACGGGGCAUUAUCAAUCAUUAUGACGUUUGGCCACCUGUUAUGAGAUCAUGGGCUGAAGCGUCUCCGUAUCCUUUCAUAUUACCUUAUCAGACAACACCCGACAAAUGGAUGCCUUUCAAAAGUUAGUAAUGGAUAAAAGUACAUAAUAUAGGAUGUCUUAUGAAGAUAUUUUGUUUGGUCUUCAAUCUCUCAAUUGUUGGCCGCAGUUCUCCAAGCUUCCCUAUCAAAACUCAACUUUUUUAAGUUUUGGUAACUUCUAAUAUUCAUGUCCUUCGUAAUUUGUAAAAUGUAUUCCAUUAUUGGUCUUCCUCUUCCUGUUUUUCCAUGCACAUAUCCUUCAAUAAUCAUCGUCAGCAAAUUAUCAUGUCACAGUGUGUACCUUAUCAUAUUAUCCCUUCUAUUAAUUAUAAUUUUCCAAAUUUGUCUAUUUUCUUUAAUUAUCCUCAAAACUUCUUCAUUUAUUACUCCAUCGUUCCAUGGAAUCUUUAGUAUCUUUCGAUAACACAACAUUUCAAAAGCUUUUAAUUUUUUCUUCUCGGUUGCGCUUACUAUCCAGGUCUCACAUCCGUAUAAUAGUAUAUUAUACUACAUAUACGUAUAUUUUCAGAAGGUUUUUUCUUGUGUCUAGACUUACACCCACACUGUUCGUAGUUAGUAAGUAUUUUUUGCUUUGAAACGCUUUUAGAAUAUAUGUUCAUAUAAUAAUGUAUAAUAUAUGUAUAAUAUCUAACUUGCCUUUACCGUCCUUAGUUAUUUUACUGCCAAGAUAACAAUAAUUUGCACUUGUUUAAUAAGUUCUCUUUUAAUAUUUAUGUUCAGCCUAUAUAACAGAGGCUGCACCCAACCCCAUUUUUCAAUCUUUACUUAUCAAGGAAUUUAUACCUUUUUUUCUUUUACUUUCUUCUUGAAAGAAUUUUCGUAUUUUUUCAAAUGCUAGAUCACUCCGUCCUUAUUUAAUAUACUCAUUAAUUUCUUGAUAUAUGUCAUUUAACCAAUGCUCUUUGGUGAUUUCUACUUUUCGCGAUAUUAAAUUCUUAAGCGUUUUAUAAUUAUGUUGGUUACUAAUAAUACUAAUCUCUAUAUACUUGUUCUAUUAAUGUUAUGAUUUCCUCAGUUAUCCAUAGUUUCUUUGUGUCACUCCUUUUUACGCCUAAAAUAUUGUUAGUAUUCUCUUUGAAUGUUUGUUUGAGUUUAUUCAAUUUAUCUUCUAUACUUGUAUUUCUGUCUGUCUUGCCAGCAAUUGUUUAUUUUAUUAUAACGUUCUAUAGUAGACUUUGUUCUGAUGUCUUCUUGCUUCAAUUUAUCUUAUCGAAAUUUAAUUUAAUUUUGGUUUUAUUUUUCUUGAGUAUUUUUAGUUUAAGUUUUAUUUCCAGUACAAUUAAGUUAUGGUCACUUUUGACAUCAGCACCAGGGUAAGCUUUGCGUUCCUUCGUUAGAUUUGUAUAUCUAUGUUUGACUAUUAUGUAGUUUAUCUGCUAUCUAACCGUAUUCACCGAAUUUUGUCAUGUAUAUCUUUAUCAUUCUUUUGUGAUUUUGAAAAAUUGUGUUUGCUAUUACUAACUUUUGUUCGGAAUAUAAUUCUAUUAAUCUUUCUCCUCAGCCGUUUCUUUUUCCAAGUCCAUAGUUAAUUUUACAUAUACGAAUGUAUUUUUAUGAUUUACAUAUAUUCCUUACAUGUGUAUUUAUAGACAAAAAUGACGCGGUUUUCGAUAUUGGUAUUGACGAAAAAUGUUCCAUAAACGACGAGCAGAAAAAUUAUUGCAACGGACCUUUAAGACCAGUUACUGAUUAUAGGCUAAAACUUAGAGCUUUUACUAGCAACGGGUAUCAAGAUUCCUGGACGGUGCCAUUUACCACACGUAGGUAGACACACGUAUGUAUAUUAGGUGCUACACUGUGUUUAUAUUACACCAUAUAGUAAAUAAGAUAAAGUUAAUAAUGCAUUUGGUAACGUUACCAAGGUAAUAAUAGCCAAUACUAAAAAACUAAAAUACGAACAACAUAAAAUUGAUCUAUAUUUUAUUAAUAUUCGAUGUAUUUUGAUGUUUGUAUGUGUUAUGUAUGUUAGCUGGCAAACCGACUGCAGUUUACUAUUUAGUAUUGUGUAGUAUACUAUUCGCUAUAUUCAUUACUGCGGCUGGAAUGUAUUACAUACUGAAUGAAAAAGUUCCAUGGUACGUAAAAUGGAUACAUUCUGGCAAUCAAAAUUUAAUAGUUUAUAAAAUACAUCAACGAAAAUAAUGUUUUAAAUCAACAAAACAGGGCCAUAAAGUAUAAACUAGUAAACACAACAACAAAUAAAUCGGACUUACCAGGCGAUAUGAGUGUCAAACAGUUAUUAGAUAAAAAAACUCAUGAAAUAGAGGCAGAAUAUGAUCUUUUAAGUAUGUAUUUGAAAUCAAAUCCCUCGAUAGAUGUGGCCACGAUACCGCAGAACAAGUUUAAAAAUCGAUACUCCAACGUGUUACCAUGUAAAAUUAUAAAUCCAAAUAUAAAUACUUUUUUUGUAUACAUACCAGUUACCAGUUUGUCUUAUUCUAGAUGACUAUAAUAGAGUGACACUCAAGUCAAGUGAAAAUGACUACAUCAACGCUUCAUUUAUUGAAGUAAGUUAAAUCGGUAAAACAUUCGAUGAAGAAACACAAUUAAACAAAACCUUUAUUUUAAUGAUAGGAAAUUUAAAAAUAGCUUUUCUAUUAAUUCAUUCGCUAAUUUCUAAUAUACGUAGUAUAAAUUUAAACUUCUUUAUUUCUAUAUACCAAAAAGAGUUAAUUGCAAAAAAAAAAGAUUGCUAUAAAAUUAUUAUAGUGGGUACAAAUACUUACUCUCAAAAUAUUUACUUUAUAACUAAUUGUAUUUAAUUUAACCAACAAUAAAAUGUACAGGCAUUUUAUACAAGUAGGCUGGUUAUCGAAUUUGUUUGUAAACACAUUUUAGAUUCAUUGAACAAACUAUCAAUUGAAAAUUUCUAGGAUUCCAAAGGUAUUCGUAAAUAUAUAGCUUGCCAAGGUCCAACGGCCAAUACUUGCAUUGAUAUGUGGCAAAUGAUUUUGGAUCAGGAUGUUGCUUCAAUUGUUAUGUUAUGUCAAACUAUUGAGAAAGAUAAGGUAACGUCAAAAAUUAUUUUAAGAAAACAUAAUAAUGUAACUAAUCACUAAAUGUACGUAUUUUGUUUAGAUAUGAAAAAUGUAUUAGGUAUCUACCAUAUAAUUAAUAUUUUAUACAUUUAUUUUGUUAACAAAUCUUUAUAUUAGGUAAAUUAUAGUUUCCAAUUAAGAUCGUUAGUUAAUUUAAGAUAAUAAGUUAUUUAUUGUAAUAUACUGAUUAAAUAUUAUUAAAUAGGUAGCUAAUUUAGGUACAUUCUUAACAUUUGUUUUAUAAAUCAUCUAUUUAGAUUAAAUGCGAAAAAUAUUUUCCAAAUAGCAAAGAAAAAUUAAUUUUUGGUGAAAUAAUCGUUAAAAAUGAUAUUACAAUUGUCAACAAAGUUAAUUCGUUUACAACAAGAAUAUUUACACUUAUAAAAGUAAGUUAAACUUUAUUUCUUUGAAAUAUCUACGUGUGGUCGCCAAAGAGUACCUACGUACACAUUAUUCUAAUAACAAUAAUUGCAUCUUGUUUAAGGGAGAUUUAAAGAAAACAAUAAGACAUUUUCAAUUUCACGACUGGCCAGAUUUUGGGACACCUAACAGUCCUUCAACACUGGGGCAGUUUUGUCAAGUAGUACAAUCUAAAUCUCCAAUGGGUCUGAUUGUCGUCCAUUGUAGGUAAGUGUUUAUUACCUGAUAUCAAAUCAUAAAAAUAUGUAUUAUAAUUAUAAAACACAUAAACUAAAUGUAUUCGAGGUUGUUUUUUUUUUAUAUAGCGCAGGAGUUGGUAGGACAGGCACCUAUAUAGCGUGUGACAUGUUACUGCGACAAAUCCAAGAUAGAAUUCCUUUAAAUAUCUUCAAAACCGUUCUAAAACUGCGUGAACAAAGAGCAAAUAUGGUUCAAACUCAAGUAAGAUAUCUAUUUUGUUUUGUUUUAUUUAUUAACUUAUAAAAUGUGUCAACAUACUAUUUAUAAUAUUUUUACAAGUUUGUUAAUAAAUAAUAUUUUUAAUUUUAAUUGGAUAGAAUAAUCGUCAUAGAGUUAUAAAUUACUUAAAUGGAGUUAAUUUUUGUUAGUAUCAUCUAAUUAUGUAGAAGAUAAAGUUUUGGUCAUAAUAAUACCAAUAGUAAUAAUAUAAAGGAAAGUACACUAUAUAUUUCUUAGAGUUGGAAAAGAGACCACUAUGGGUGGGACUUCGUCGUACAUGAGAAUACAGAACCAGACAUCAAGGAAUUCAACUCCGUAUCAGAAAGACUAUCAGUAAUAACUAUUGACACGAAACCAAUAUAUAUUGCCGUAAUAUGCAAAUAUGCGCUAGCUGAAUCAGCGGAUGAGGAUAAUAAAGACACUUUUUAUGAGAAGUAGGCCCCAAGAUAUGAAAAAUUAUACCAGGGAAUACAAUAAAGGUUGUGUUGGGUGAUUUAAAUGCAAAAUUCGGCAGGGAAUGGCAGUUCUGAUAGGAAAGGAAAGCAUGAGAACGGGAUUAGAUUAAUUACAUUUGUGACAGAAAAAAAUAUGAUAAUAAAUAGUAUGACGUUUCCAUAUAAAAAUAUUUAUCAAGGUACAUAAAGAGGUCGCCCAAUGGUGAAACAAUUAAUCAAAUAGGUUACGUACUCAUUCAAAACAAUUUCCAUUAGUGCAUUAAAGACGUGCGUAGUUUUAGGGGAGUGAACUGUGGCCAUUUCAUGGUAGUGGCGAAAUUCAAACUACAACUACUUAGUCAGAAACGGCUGGAGGAUAAAAGGAAUGUGUUCUAUUGAAGGAUCUUUUCAAGGAUGCAAGAAUACAACAAAAAUAUUCAGAAAGAAUAAAAGAGUACAUAGGAAAUGACGAAGACGAAGAUAUAGAAAAACGUUUGAGUAAAAUAUGUAAAACUAAAGCGGUAGUUUAAUUGUAUGAUUAAAAAAAUAAGAAAAAAAUGGUUCAACAAAAAUUGUCGGGAAAUGGUAGAGAAACGACGUAUAGCUCGAAAAAAUGAUGUCAAUUCCAACGACGUAAACAGAAAAAUAGCAUACAGAAUAGAAAGAAAAAAAUGUAAGGGGAUUAUAUGAAGAGAAAAAAGGAACAUCCUAAACUAAAUACUGCAAGAAGCCGAAAAAGACCGAUCACAAGGUAGUAUUAGGAAUUUCUUUAGGUCUAUUAAAUAGUAUAAAUCUUUUAACACAAUCGUGAAAUCGAUUAAAAGUCGCGAUAGAGAAAUAAUCACGGAACUAGAGCAGGAAGCCAGACAAAUUAUUUAAAAUAGAUUUGUAUUUAUUUAUAACAUUAUGAAUCUAUGUUUCAUUCAAUAUAAUUUUCAACAGUAAAUAAUUACAUUAUAGGUACCCAUAUGGCUAUAUGAUUGUUUAAUAAGAUAACAUGCAAUCAUUUUCUUAAAUAAAUAACACAUUUUAGAAAUUUGACAAAAUUAUAAAAUAUAUACCUUAAUAUUUUUGUUUUUGAUUUUACACUUUACUAUAUAAUUUAUCAUAACUUGUAAAAUUAUAACUACUUACACAAAAAUAAAGUGAUAAUAACCUAAUAAUUUUCAUUUUUUAGGCUCAGUAUGAAUUUGUGUACGAUUUGUUAGCUUAUUAUGUUAAACAAAAUCUAAAAAUAAAAUCAUUAAUAACAAGUAAGUACAAAUUAUUGUUACAAGUGUUAUUAAUACCGUGACUAAUUUAGUCAUGAUUAUAACAUUAAUUAUAUGUGAGUAAAUAAUCAUAAAUUAUUUUAAUAGACUAAAUACUGAUAAAAAACUUACUUAUUACCAGGUAAAAAUUGAGAAAAAUAUAAUUUUUGGGUUAUACUAGAAUUUAUGGAACUUGGAGGGCAUUUUUUUAAUAAUCUAAUAAACGAAUAUUUCAAACAUAAGAAACGCUGUAUAACGACCGUACAAGUAAUGAUAACGCGCAGUCGACUGGAAUAUAAUAAGAUGAAACAUCAAUUAUUUUAGAAAAUAGCAAAAAGGUAUAGAAACAAUUUAGAGGUUAAAUGACUGAAUAUUUCUGAUAACAAAUGCACUUAUCUUAUUAGAAAUAGGGCAUAGAAGAGCAGUCCAGAAUUUCAGAUCGAUUUGAAUAAUGCGAAUAUUUUGAGUUUCUAAAAUUCAAUAAAUUUUGGAAAUAUUAUUUCUCAAAAUACCUUAAAACGAAUCCUACGCAAUUGCCAUAACUAAAUAAUGUUAUUUAACCAUGGCAACCGAAGCCAUUAUUGUGCAUUAUUAGUAUAAAAUAUUUACUAAAAUUAAUUUUAAUGUACUCGUAUAAAUACACGAACAAAAAAUAAUUGAUAUCCCAACAGAAACAUUCUACUAACUCAUUGUAAAAACGACUAAAGUUGAAAAGUGUAGCUCUUCAAAUCGUGAAAUAUUUAUUGCUAAGUUAUUAUAUUUUGCAAAAACUAAAAGUUGACAUCCUAAAUAACCUAGAAAAUUCGUUAACAAAUUUAUACAUAUUUGUUUAGAAAUUAAAAUCGGACAUUAAUCGGAAUUAACCUAAUCAUGGGGGGAUGGGAAAUAACUAAAUUUAAUAUUAAUGAUUGUUAAGAAAAAAAGACGGACAUACUUAGCACGUUGGGUGGACAUCUGUUAUAGAUGACAAGUAGAGAAGGUAGGAUAUUAAGGGAAAUUUAAUGUAUAUCUGUACCUAAGCAAAUUUAAGCAUUGCCAACAAAAAAAUAUUCUAAAUAAAGCUCGGUUAAUAUUAUCGCUCAGGGGCGCUUUCUGAUCAAUUCCAUAGGAGGGGAGGGGAGCGGCGAACAAUUUUUAUUCUUGAAUACCACCGCUUUGUCAACAAAAACUUAAAAUCUUUAUGUCUAAUGUCAUUUCAACUUAUAUUAGUUCAGAAGACUACAUAUAUAUUGUAUAAAUGCAGUAAAAUAGUAUAAUUUAAAAGUAAAAUGUAUUUUUUUGACAUUAAAUAAAUAAUAACUACAAUAAUUUUACUAUGAAUAACAGAAAUAAUAAAAAUAAUAAUUAAUAAAAGUUAGAUGACCAAAUCCAAAAUGCUUUUAUUUUAAGCAGCGUUUUGCAAGCGAUUUGAUCACCAAUAUUUUGUAUACCUAUUAAUGUUUUCAUUUUGAUGAAUACCUAGUUAAAAGUGAUAAGCAAGUUGGCCUCUGCUCAAAAUUCUUUUUUUUUACCACAGAGUACGAAUUUUAAUGAACCUUAUGUUAAAUUCUCAAGCAUUUCUGUUUGGUCUAACAAUUGUAUCCACAGAGCACCUACCGAAUAAAAAUUACGUACAAAACUCACAAAAUUAAAAUUACUAUAAAUUACCCAAAAAUCGAACCACGUCAAGAAAAGGCAAAUAUAAGUUUUCUGUCUAAAUUUCAUGUCUUCAAAAUUAAAAAUAAUAAAAGCAUUAUUUUCGUAAAUUUUCCCGUUUUUCUUACGUUUUAUCCUGGGUUUUCUUGAUAUUAUGAAAACUGCUUGAAAAAUAAAAAAAUGACCUUUCUAAAGUACUGUCAAGUCAAUAUGACAAUAUUUUCUUUUAAAAAAGGUGCUACACUUAAAUAUUAAAGCAAGAUUUCUGCUAGAAAUUUUUGUCACAAUAUAUAUAUAAAAAAAAAAAAAACAUUUUAAAUCCAAUUAAAAUAAUAAUUUCCAAUUUUGAUUUUAAAAAUAUAUUAUUUUAAUAUACCUUCGCAAAUGGUUUCCACUUAGUUUUCCAUAAUUUUAUCUCGCCCUUAAGAGAAUAUUUAUUGUAAUUUAUAAAUGAGAAGUGUUUCAUUCUUAUUUCAAUCAAAGUAUUUCCAAAAUCCAGAAUCAUCUUUAUGACAUUUGGAACCAGUUGCAUUUGUACUCAUUUGUGCUUAAGCAUUAUGAAUAUUCUGUAUAACAAAAAUGUACAUCACACGGCUUAUGGGGCUGGGAGCGAUCGCUCCCUCACCCCUCUUUCAGAGAAACACUUGAUUGAAUAUAAAAUAGGUGUGUUUCAAUCUCAUUAACAACAUUUAACUAUUAAUAAAUUAGAAAUAAGUUUUUGACAAAUAUAGAAUGUAUAGAUUAUAGAUGGUAAUAAUAAAUAUUACGAUAUAAUAUUUAAAUAAUAUUCGUAUUGUUUAUUGUAUUCUUUAAAUUAUUGUAUUAGGUUAGGUUAACUGUUAGCAUACACCCUAAAAUAUAGUAUUAGGUAUAGGCGUUAUUCCGAGAUAACGAGGAGUAGAAACCUCUACAUUGCCAUUUUUAUCGGAGUUUAAAUUUAAUAGUUGCACUACCCUAAGAGUAAUUUGUAAAAAAGUAAAAUUUUCUUGUUUUGUUUAUCGUAAUAAGAUCAUUAAUUUUAUUUAUUUAUUUAACACCCUAAAGGGGUAAUGAGCUAAUAUGAAUAUAAUAUCAGCUAUAUUAAAUUUUAACUUGAUAUAUUUUUUUAUUUAUUUUAUAUUCUAUUUCUACUCGAUUUUGAUGACAAAUUGACUAGUACUUAUCGAUGAUUCAUUGACAGCUCUCUCAGUUUAAAAAUACUAUUACUGAAUUAAAUCUAUUAUUUUAUUUUAAAUGACAUCUAUAAUAUUGGUUAUAUGGAAUAUAAAAUAUGAUUACUUAUUAGUAAUUAUGUUUUGCGUAUGUAGGACAAUUACUAAUUACUGAUACUACGUUCGAAAUUCACAACAAAUAUUUAAAUAUUUUCAAUGAUUUUAUUUGUGUGAACUUUUUUUUAGAUGUAAAACAUCACAAUUCUUCGUUUAUCGGAAUGGAUUAUACGACUACUGUCCAUGGAACAAAACCUAUAGAAGCAUGAAAUACAAACAUGCGACUUGAAAUUUGGGCCUGAUGGAGUAACUUGCUGUUAAUUGACAAUGAAAUCAAUUUCUAGAUAUAAAUAUACCCAUCAUACAUUUUUAAAUUUAGUAUUCAUAGUUUUAAUUUUUUUUUUUUUUUUACAGCCCAUAUGAUUAUAAUUUAGAUGUGUCCCAAAAAAAUUAAUAAAAAAAAUAUUUUCAAAAAAGAGCAGGUAAACUCUAGAAAAUCCUUUACCUCGGCCUGCACGGACACUAAAUGGUAAAACGCCUAUGAUGUAUAACGUCUAACGAGUAUAGUGAAAUUCAAAGUUAAUAUUAUAAAAAAAAUAUGCAUAUUUUUUUAAAAUUCAAGUGUUAAAAAUAUUUCUUUAAGCCCGGAAAAAAAUGUUUCAUGCAUUAGCUAAACAAAUGCAGGUCAAGCCAAUAAUUAUUAUAAACAUCUGAAAUAAAUUGUAUUAAUUUAAUAAAUGUAAAAUAUUAAAUUGAAAUGCGUUUUAGUUUAAAUGCUAUAAACGCUUAUAUAGGAUGUCCACGAAAGAACGGUUUUAUAAAAAGUGUGCCAUUUCUUUGUUUUUGGGUCGGUAUCACUGUACCCAAAAGUUUUCUUAUCUCAAAAACCUAAAGUUUCGUAUGGUAUCUUUUUUGUUUUCGAUUGUUUUGAGGGCGUCUAUAACUAUGGAAAGAUUGCCUAUGCAAGAAACGUACCUUUUGGUUUCUGGACAGACUCAGGUCAUUGCGUGGGGAUCAAAGCUGGCCACCACGGUCUUGUGACUUAACCUAACGAAAAUCACUUGUAAAUUCAAAAAAAUGACCUUUCUAAAUUACCACUCAAAUAAAACUUUAUAUUAGAAAUGUGUUACACUUGAAAAUUGGAGCAAGAUUUCUGAUAGAUAAAAUUUUCACAGUUUAAAAAGUUAAAAAAAUAAGCUCAUUCAUUGUAAAACCAAUAGAUUCCUCACUUCUCUCAGAAUCUAAGAAAG